AUGGUUCCAUUUUUUCGACUAGCUUCCAUGUUAGCUUCACAGAAAUGUAAAAUCACCUUUAUCAUCAUGCAGCUUGAAAUAUCUACCACAAAGUCGAGUUUCAUCUCCAACUAUUUCGCCGAUCACCCAGAAAUCAAUCGACUAGAUUUUCAAAUUCUUCCCUUGAAUACAUCAACCUUUCCAAUCAAUGAUCCAUUCAUCAUGCAAAUUGAUGCUAUUAGUAACUCGCUUCACCAGCUCGGCCCUCUGGUGUCUUCUUUGAAUGAACCAGUUUCUGCUAUUGUCUCUGACUUUAUUAUUGCAUCUAGUCUUUCACAGAUUGCUAAUAAUCUCAACAUUCCUCUUUACAAUAUCUCCACAACAUCAGCUAAAUUUUACUCGAUUGUGGCAUACCUUCCUGUACUGUUGUCCAAAGAUCCUGCUGCAUUUAAGUACUGCUCGAGCAAUCUUGAGAUCCCAGGUUUAGGAUCAGUUCCAAAAUCAAGCAUCCCUCGUUCUUGGAUGGAUGAUUCACCAUUGAGCUAUGUAUUGAAAGCCUACUUACUGCCAAAUGCUCGAGCUCUUCCUCAAGUGACUGGCGUCUUUCUGAACACCUUUGACUGGUUUGAACCAGAAACAAUUGCUGCCCUUGAUGAUGGAAGAGUAACCAGUUCUCUUCCUCUUGUUUUUCCUGUUGGUCCUAUGGAAGAUUACAAGCUAGGAGAAGACACUCAGUGUUCAUGGUUAGAUGACCAACCUGCUGAAUCAGUUGUAUAUGUUAACUUUGGAACUAGAGAGCCGAUUUCUUCACAACAACUAAGAGAAAUAGGAAAAGGACUAGAGAUAUGCGGAUAUAAGUUUCUAUGGGUGCUGAAAGAAGAGCAUCUAGAGUUGUUUGGGAAUACAGUCCUGGAAGAGAUGGAAAAGAAAGGGAAAAUAGUGAAACCAGGCGAUUAUGAGGAAGCUAUUAUGAACCAUACAGCUAUUGGACUUUUCAUGAACCAGUGUGAAUGGGAUUCAGUGAUGAAUGCAGCUUGGUCAGGAGUGCCAAUACUGGCAUGGCCACAUCAUGGUGAUCAAAAGUUGAAUGCAGAAAUUGUAGAGAAGGUAGGAUUGGGGAGGUGGGUAGAAGAAUGGGGUUGGGGUGAGGAAAAUCUAGUGAAUGGUCGGGAGAUUGCCGAAAUGGUGAAAAACUUUAUGGGAGAUGUUAAUAUGAAGGUAAACGCUCUGAAAGUGAGGGAACAAGCUAGAAAAACCAAGGGAAUUGGAGGGAGCUCUGAGAAGAGGCUAAGGAAAUUCAUCAAAGCAUUAAAGGCAGAACAAAAAUGA